CACCCCCACGGUGUCCCAACGUCGUCAGUUGGUGUGUUCAGUGAGGUGCGUCGAGAUGUCCUCGCCGACUGGAAACCAGAGUCCACCGGCUCAGAAGUCCGACGACAACAAGGAGAUCAGCGACGCCGUCGCCAAGGUCCUCCGGGGAUAUGACUGGACUCUCGUGCCCAUAGCGACCAAGACGACUUCAGACAAGAAGAAGACGCACGUGAAACGGCCGAUGAACGCUUUCAUGGUCUGGGCACAAGCUGCCAGGAGGAAGCUGGCCGACCAGUACCCGCAGCUGCACAACGCAGAGCUGAGUAAGACUCUCGGCAAACUUUGGAGGUUGUUGGGUGACGCUGAAAAAAAGCCCUUUAUCGAGGAGGCGGAGAGGCUGAGGGUGAUACACAAAAGAGAGUACCCAGACUACAAAUACCAACCUAGGAGGAGGAAGGGCUCGUCGAACGGCAAGCCGGCCAACCAGAGAGGAUCGACCGGCUCAUACGCGAUGAUGGGCAGGGUAAAGGAAGAGUGUUCCAGCGGUGCCGAGGAGGGCGAAGACGAGCUGCUAGGGCCGCCGACACCGCCGACGACACCAAACAGACACGGUGGUGUCACUGCAUUCAGGAACGCGCAGCAGUACCAGAGCAACGGGCAACAGCAUGCCAACGAAAUGGCAGCAACUUGCUCACAGGAAGUGAUGGGCGUCGUGAACCCCGGGAUGAGCCUCGAAGAGCUCGGCAACGUGGAAGGCGUCGACUGCGCCGAGUUCGAGCAGUACCUGCACCCUCCGGCCGCCGGCUGGGAACAGGAGGACGUCCUAACUCAAGAGUUCAGGCAAGGGGACGUGGCGUUUCCAAGGCAUUUGGACCAGGGACGCGAUAUGUCCUUGCCGAGGGGGAUGGCGGCGUCCGUGUACCAGCCGGGACCUCCGGCCUACUGGAGCCCGCAGAUGUACUACCAGAGCUGCCAGUACCAGCAGAGGCCACAGGACCACUGGGGCAACUACGUCUGACCUGUCUUCCUUCCGCAUUCUGUAGAAUCUCAAGACGCUCGUCGUCACUCCACCCUCAACUAUCUUUCAUGUGAGAAAGAAACCGCUCAAAUCUUCACUAUGUGCCUUGUUGCUCGAAUAAAAAAAUAAUAAAAUUAAAACAAUACAAUAUCCACACAAUAAAAAUCCGCCUCACAAAUUUAUAUUUUUAAAAACAUUAAGCAACUGUACAUAAAAAUAUA